AUGAGUCUUGUGAAUCCAAUCACAACAUGGUAUCAGACAAAGUUCAUGAACGAUCUUUCAAGCAGCAGAUUCAGAUCCGUACACGUUUUUUCUUUUCUUCCUCAUCCACUGAAGAAUAAUAAACUGCCCAUUUCUUACCUUUCCCCAAAUCCCACAAAAAAAUUCAUAUCAGCAAUUUUAACCAAAGAACAAGGCAGCAAAAGCAUAAGCCAAGAAGAGCCCACUUUCGAUUUCAAUGCUUAUAUGUUUGACAAGGCAAGUUCUGUAAACAGGGCUUUGGACAAUGCAGUCUUGUUGAAGGAGCCUUUGAUAAUUCACGAAUCCAUGAGAUAUUCACUUCUUGCUGGAGGCAAAAGGGUUCGGCCUAUGCUGUGUAUUGCUGCGUGUGAGCUUGUGGGUGGGGAUGAAUCCACUGCUAUGCCUGCAGCUUGUGCUGUUGAAAUGAUCCACACCAUGUCUUUGAUUCAUGAUGAUCUUCCAUGUAUGGAUAAUGAUGAUUUGCGGCGGGGGAAGCCCACAAAUCACAAAGUGUUCGGUGAAAAUGUGGCUGUUUUGACUGGUGAUGCACUUCUUUCAUUUGCCUUUGAGCACAUGGCCACUGCAACAAAAGGGGUGUCUUCAGAUAGGAUGGUCAGAAUGGUAGGAGAAUUGGCAAAUUGUGUUGGAUCAGAAGGACUAGUGGCUGGACAGAUAGUUGAUAUAUUCUCAGAGGGAUUACCCGAUGUGGGAUUAGAGCAUUUGGAAUACAUUCAUAUACACAAAACUGCAGUUUUAUUAGAGGCAUCAGUGGUUCUUGGUGCUAUUUCAGGUGGUGCAAAUGAUGAAGAAAUUGCUAAAUUGAGAAAAUUUUCUAGGUGUAUUGGGCUCUUGUUUCAGGUGGUGGAUGACAUUCUUGACGUCACAAAAUCUUCUCAAGAAUUGGGGAAGACGGCCGGAAAAGAUUUAGCGACUGAUAAAAUGACUUAUCCAAAGCUUCUUGGCAUUGAGAAAUCUCGAGAAUUCGCUGAGAAAUUGAAUAGGGAGGCUCGAGAACAGCUCGCUGGAUUUGAUCCUGAAAAGGCUGCUCCAUUGAUUGCCUUGACCAAUUAUAUUGCUUAUAGGAAUAAUUGA